UCCAUACAUUCCUCUUGUCAGCCGAUUUAGUUUAUUCAUCUUCAUAUAGAAGAGUGCUACAGACUUCCUGUCACUCUCCUUCAAAGCACCAUGGCCUCUCUGAAGUUUGUACAGCCGGUGAGGCAGUUUGCAACAUCUUCCUUGAGACUCAAACUUGUAAAGCCCCCUGUGCAAGUAUUUGGCAUUGCAGGCCGAUAUGCCACAGCUCUCUACUCUGCUGCAACAAAAGAGAACAAGCUUGAUCUUGUACAGAAAGAUCUUACUGCCCUCAAGGGUUUGAUGGCAAAGGAUGUGUCCUUCGCUCAAUUUAUUGAAAACCCAUCAUUGAAGCGCAAGGAUAAAGAGACUGCCUUGGUUGGUGUUGCUCAGAAGAUGAAAUACAACAAUCUUGUAGUGAACCUCCUUGGAGCUCUCUCUGAAAAUGGACGUAUCCAGAAGAUCUCUGGUGUCAUUGAUGCAUUUGAAACCAUUAUGAGUUCUCACAGAGGUGAAGUGCCCUGCACCGUUACCACAGCUAAGGCACUUGAUGCUGCAACUCUGAAGGAACUUCAAGCAGCUCUACAGCUGUUUCUUAACAAAAAGGAGAAACUUAUUCUGGAAACAAAGGUGGAUCCAACAAUCAUUGGAGGAAUGUUGGUAAACAUCGGUGACAGAUUUGUUGACAUGUCUAUGGCCACCAAAAUUAGGACUUACACAAACUUAAUCAAGCAAGCAGUAUAAUCUUGGGAUACAAACUUUAGUCCUGUCAAAAUAUGUUGCUAUGUCUCAGCAAUUUGUCAUUUCGUAGGGUUUUUAUUCUUACGAACCUGUAAAACAACUCAUUAGAAUUAAAAGUUUUAACCUGGAAA